AUGGGAGGUGGCGAACACAAAGAGGCCGUCGUGGUCACACUGCCCAUGCAGAAGCCAGACGCCGCUAUCGAAAGACUCCAAAACAAGUUCCCUCAUCUCAAGAUAACCUAUCGCAAUGUAUCCUGGACCAAAGAUCGUGCGCAGAUAGAAGCAGAAGUCCCCAAGGAGAUUUGGAGAGAAGCAACCGUGUUGUUGACAUUGUUCGCUUUACCACCUAAACCAGAGGAUGCUCCCUUGCUAGACUUUAUCCAGCUCUUCUCUGCCGGGUCAAACCAGCUUUCCACUCAUCCCAUCUACACAGAUACCGACAUUCCUAUCGCGACCGCGUCCGGUGUGCAUGGACCGCAAAUUGCCGAGUGGGUUGUCAUGACCCAUCUCAUUCACACUCACAAGUACAACCAGCUCUACGAAGCUCAGAAGGAGCACAAAUGGGCCAAGGAAAACUAUCGUGUCAGGGACUCUGUCGGCAUGCGUGUCGGCGUGCUCGGCUAUGGAAGCAUCGGGCGUCAGGUUGGCAGAGUCGCCAAAGCCAUGGGCAUGGAUGUCAUCGCAUUCACAGCAUCGCCAAAGGACACACCAGAGAAGAAGAAAGACGUCGGCUACAUCGUUCCUGGAACCGGUGACCCAAAUGGCGAGAUCCCUUCGGCUUGGUAUUCUGGUCUCGACAAGGACUCUUUGCACAACUUCCUCAAACAAGAUAUUGAUCUUUUGCUCGUCUCCGUACCACUCACCAAUCAGACGACUCAUUUCUUGUCGACAGAGGAAUUCAAGAUCCUUAGUAAAGAUGGCAAGAAACCCGCCUUUAUUGCUAAUAUCGCGAGGGGACCCAUUAUCGACCAGCCUGCAUUGAUCAAAGCCUUGAAGGACGAAACUUUGGCUGGAGCGUCUCUUGAUGUUACAGAUCCCGAACCUCUUCCCUCAGACAACGAGCUGUGGGGCUUGGAUAAUGUCAUUGUCACACCUCACAUCAGCGGCAAUGGCGAGGCAUAUGUCGACCGUGCUUUCCAGAUCCUUGAGUUGCAGCUGGAGCACAAACAGAAAGGCGAAGACUUCAUCAACGUCGUAAACAGAAAGAGGGGGUAUUAA